ACAGAGCAAAAAAUCAAAAUGGCUCUCCGUAUCAUUUUUGUAUUCAUUGCCACAAUCCUCCUGGCUCAAGGAUCAAAUAUUUCGCCAGUUGAGAAGGAGACUCCUGUCGGUGUGCAUCCCUCUGGAGUGGUUUCAUCUGGAGCUCCUGUCGUUGGUGUUACCAGUGGCCGCCCAGUUGCUUCUCAGGCUCAACGUCCGGCCUCCGGUUAUGGAUCCAGCUCUGGACCUAUUGGAGGAUCCCGUCGAGUGGGCGAAGUUUCAGCUGCCAAAUCUCGUCCUCAUGGUGGUGCUUCUCGUCGUUCUUCUUCAGGCUCAAUCGUCCUGGCUCAAGGAUCAAAUAUUUCGCCAGUUGAGAAGCAGACUCCUGUGGGUGUGCAUCACUCUGGAGUGCUUUCAUCUGGAGCUCCUGUCGUUGGUGUUACCAGUGGCCGCCCAGUUGCUUCUCAGGCUCAACGUCCUGCCUCCGGUUAUGGAUCCAGCUCUGGACCUGUUGGAGGAUCCCGUCGAGUGGGCGAAGUUUCAGCUGCCAAAUCUCGUCCUCAUGGUGGUGUUUCUCGUCGUUCUUCUUCAGGCUCAAUCGUCCUGGCUCAAGGAUCAAAUAUUUCGCCAGUUGAGAAGCAGACUCCUGUGGGUGUGCAUCACUCUGGAGUGGUUUCAUCUGGAGCUCCUGUCGUUGGUGUUACCAGUGGCCGCCCAGUUGCGUCUCAGGCUCAGCGUCCUGCCUCCGGUUAUGGAUCCAGCUCUGGACCUAUUGGAGGAUCCCGUCGAGUGGGCGAAGUUUCAGCUGCCAAAUCUCGUCCUCAUGGUGGUGCUCCUCGUCGUUCUUCUUCAGGCACUAAAGGUCGCCCAAUUGGAGGUGGAGCUGCCCCAGGAAAUGUACACAGCAACCACAACCAGAAACCAUAUUAGAUACACCUGAAAAAUUA